CAAGCGUUGGCGUACUCCUCAAAUCGGCGUAACACCUAUACGUUAAGAAACUCUCUUGUUUUUUUUUUUUACAAUCGCUAUAAAUUACAUCGGGCAGAAUGCCGGACUUGGCCGUAGAAAAGGUUGUCGUCCAUCCCCUGGUGCUGCUGAGUGUUGUUGACCAUUUUAACAGAAUUGGAAAAGUUGGAAGCCAGAAACGAGUUGUGGGCGUACUACUUGGCUCUUGGCAGAAGAAAGUUCUUGAUGUGUCCAACAGCUUUGCAGUUCCUUUUGAUGAAGAUGAUAAGGAUGAUUCUGUGUGGUUCCUGGAUCAUGACUACUUGGAGAAUAUGUAUGGAAUGUUCAAAAAAGUAAAUGCCAGAGAAAGAAUAGUUGGCUGGUAUCACACUGGCCCAAAACUGCACAAGAAUGAUAUUGCCAUCAAUGAACUUAUGAAGCAGUAUUGUGCAAACUCAGUUUUAGUCAUUAUUGAUGUGAAACCUAAAGACUUGGGACUGCCAACUGAAGCCUACAUCUCUGUGGAGGAGGUGCAUGAUGAUGGCACUCCCACCUCUAAAACAUUUGAGCAUGUUACUAGUGAAAUUGGGGCUGAGGAGGCAGAAGAAGUUGGCGUUGAACAUUUGUUACGGGACAUCAAAGACACAACUGUAGGCACGCUGUCUCAGCGCAUCACCAAUCAGGUGCAUGGUCUGAAGGGCCUCAACUCCAAACUGCUAGACAUCAAGAACUACCUAGAGAAAGUCGCGACGGGCAAGCUGCCCGUCAACCAUCAGAUUAUUUACCAGCUGCAGGACGUGUUCAACCUGCUGCCUGACGUGAACCUGCAAGAGUUCAUCAAGGCCUUCUACCUCAAGACCAAUGACCAGAUGCUUGUGGUCUACCUGGCCUCACUCAUACGCUCUGUGGUGGCCCUCCACAAUCUUAUCAACAACAAAAUCGCCAAUCGAGAUGCAGAGAAGAAAGAGGGGCAGGAGAAGGAUGAUGGCAAGAAGGAGAAGAGGGAUGAGAAAGAGAAGGGUGAUGCAGCAGCGAAGAAAGAUGAUAAAAAAGAGAAGAAAUAAACUGUUAAUUGUGUCAUGGACUGACAUAAUCUUGGCUGGAGUGGGAAGGACGUUUGAGUUUCUUCUCCUAUACCGACCUGCAGGUUUAGUCAGGUGUGGUCUGUGUCUUUUUUGACAUGGAGAAUGUAUUCUCAUGUUGCAUCUUGAUUGAAAGCAGAAAGGAGAUUCAGUUUGAGGGAUUUUUUUUUUUUUUGUCUCUGUGUCCUGAACUGACACUUGCUCUGCUUGUUUUCAUCUGUAUUGUAGCACUGUUUAAAAGACCAGCAAAAUACAUCGGUCCAAGGUUACAGCCCAAAGCAAAGUCUAAUUGUAAUCACAUCUUUUUUUUUUUUUAAAUUUUACAUUUUUUUUUAUUGGUGGAUUCAGACCAUUUUUGUUCACUACAUGAUGACAAACAUGCAGUUUUGCUAAGAACACAUUUACUAAACAUCUCUCAUAAUUUACCCCUAAAGAACCUUUGUUUUAGCUGUUAGUUAGAAAUACAUUUCCAAGAAAUGCAAAAAACAGUCACAAGUCUACCAUGUAAUUCAAUUGUUUGCUUUUCCUUUCCACUUGCAUUUUAUUUGUAGAAAUUAAAGACAAACCUUUCCCA